AUGACUAAAAAAGAAAGAACUGGUAAGACAAAGUCAAUGAAGGACGAGAAUAAAGUAUACUUACCGGCAGACAAAGGAAGGAUAAUGGUUGCAAUGGAUAGAUGGGAAAGUCAAGGAGGAGAAAAUUUGUACGAAUUCAAGAUGAAACAAGUACUUGUUGAUUUGAAAGUGAAACCAUCUAUUAGAGCGGGAAAAGAUUGGGAUUUAAUGGGAAAGGUAUGCAGGGAUGGAGCUAAGAUUAUUGAAAAUAUUGUCCAAAGAAAUGAGUUAUCGGAAGAAGAUGGUGGUUAUCUAAAACCGAAAGAUUGUCAUGCUCCAAGAUUGUCAGGUUUACCAAAAAUACACAAAGAACGAGUUCCAUUGAGAGGUAUUGUGUCAACGGUAGGAUCCCCAUUUGAAAGAAUUUCCAGGUACCUAAUACCUAUUUUACAUACAAUACAAGGACGAAGUGGACUGUUUGUUAAGAAUUCGAGGGAGCUUAAAGAGAGAGUCAAGAAAUGGAGGGUUGAAGGAGACAAGAUUCUAGUGAGUUAUGACGUGAAAAAUCUUUAUCUAUCUAUACCAAUUAAAAAAGCACUGGAGUUAGUCGAGAAAUUGUUGAAGGAAAGCACAGCACUGAAAGAUGUAACCAACUUAAGUGUUGAUUCGAUCAUGGAUUUAUUAAAAUGGAUGUUCAACCUCACUUACUGUGAAUAGAGUGGACAACAUUUUGUUUUGGGAAGUGGUCCGAUUGGACUUGGAGCUACAGGUGAAAUAGCGAUCAUCUACAUGGAGGAAUUUCAAAUCCAGGCAAUAAAAUCUUCACCAUAUCCUUUGGACCAAUGGUACUGGUAUGUAGAUGACAGUGAAAUAAAAUGCCAUAGUGAUGACUCAGAAAAGAUUCUGCAACAUUUGAAUGCUAUGGAAGAGAACAUAAUCGUAUUUACAAAGGAAGAACAAAAGGAAGAAAGCUUACCGGUGCUGGAUUUGAAACAGAAUGUAAACAGAGAAACGGGAGAGAUUGAGUGUACAGUACACCACAAGAAAACGCAUACCGACAUAAAUGUGAAAGAGAAAUCGAACCAUCCACACUACAUGAAGAAAGGCAUCAUCAGAGGCUUUACUGAAAGAGCUCGAGCAUUAUGUGAUGAAAAACAUUUGGAUGAUGAACUUCAAAAUAUCGAGGAUGUGUUUGUAGCGAAUGGAUAUGAUAGAACCAAGGUGAGACAGUACAUGCACAAAAAGAAAAAGAGUGAAACGGAGGAAACAAAAGAAUAUAAAGGAGUAGUCAGCAUUCCAUAUCUGAAAGGGUUGUCAGAAACGUUUAAGAGAAUAACAGAGAAGCAUGGAAUUCGAACAACAUUUAGACCAGGAAGAAAGUAAAGAGUUGAAAGUACGAGUUCAACAUCCGUUAGGAAACAAACAAAAGGCGGUUGUCUAUAAGAUACCAUGUGGUUGUGAAAGAGCAGUGUACAUAGGAGAGAUAUAUCGACAAUUUGAAACAAGGAAGAAAGAACAUGAGAGCAACAUCAACAACAUAAGACUAAGCCAGAAAUGGAAAUUAUUAAUAAAAGGAUCAUCAAUGAUUCCAAUGUUAAAUCAUUUGAUAAUACAAUUAAAACUACAUCAUGGGGGGAUGUAAUUUCCAACAAUAAUACUGCAGAGUCUUAUAACAAUUCUUCAAUAAAUUCUCUACAGCCUAUGAAAAAAAUUUCCCAUUAACAAAAAAAGUAUUAAAAAGGAAAUUUGACAAAAGUAAAAGUCCAUGGAUGACAAAAUGCAUUACACAAUCAGUUAAAAAAAAAGAACAAACUUUAUAAGAAAUUCCUAAAUUGCCCUAGCUGUAAUAAAAAAUGAGAUUAUAUACAAAAAAUAUAAAAAUAAAUUGAAUCAUGUAAUAAAAAUAGCAAAAAAUAAAUAUUAUGAAGAACAACUAAUAAAAUACAAGCAUAACACAAAAUGCUUAUGGAAAACAAUUAAUGAAAUUAUGAAUAAACAUAGAGACAAUAGAAUUUUACCAAAGGAAUUCAACAGAGACUCUUCAGAUGAAAUCAUUGAUGAUCCAUACAAAAUAGCAAAUAAAUUCAACGAGUAUUUUGUAAAUAUUGGACCGGGUCUAGCAAAAAAAAACUUCCAGACAGUGAAAUAACCUUUGACAAAUAUCUGACUAAUAAGAAUAAGAAUAAUUUUUAUUGAGCCAGUAACCAAAUAUGAAAUCGAAAUUGAAAUACAAAACUUAAAUUCUAAAAAAGUCCAGGCUAUGAUGGCAUAAGUUCUCAAGUUAUUAAGACCACAAGCAGCCCAAUCUUAUGGUGUCCUAUCCCCGCCAAAAUUCUAACUUUUCAUUUGUGAUACACCUUUUUAAAUUUGACAUCCAAGUUUUUGUAACUUGUAUACAACUUUUUCCAUUUUAUACACAACUUUUUUUUCAGUCAACUUCUAUUUUAUAUACAAAUUUUUGUAUUUUAUAUACAAGUUUUUCCAUUCAACUUUUUAUAUUUGACAUACAACUUUUUGUAUUGGCAACUUUUUAUAUCCAACCGCAAUCCAAUAAGAAACAUACUGCAGGCUCAUUGUAUCAACCACUGACCAAAAUUCCACAGGCCCUUCAGUUUUAGCGCCAUUUUUUUGUCUUUCAUAUUUACGUACUUUUACAGUCUUUUAACUCUUUUUAUAUACAGCCUUUUUAAAACAUGGACGAGGAGGCUGUAGAGUUCAUUUUGGAGGUAAUUCAUAGUGUUAUAAAUGUCGUGAACAGAUUAAUUGAGUCAGGUGAUGGUUCAAUGGACUUCCAAGUGUUGGGCAAUGAAGUUAGAUUAUUUGCAGCGAUUACUUGUUGGUUUAAACGUGGAUGACUCUGUAGUAGCAAUGGUGGGACAAGCAUACAGCGUGUUGAAUGAAUUGGAUAAUGCAGAUGAGGAGCUAGAAAUGAGAUCAACAGCAUCGACAGUAAGAACUGGGAGGUGUGGUAGACCGUCGUUUGAUGUAAAAAGAGAGCAACUAGUAUAUUUACUUGAACAAGGAUUUAAAGUGUCUGAUAUUAGCAAAAUUGUGGGUGUAUGUCAAAGAACAGUAGAAAGGAGAAUGUCUAGUUUUGGACUAAGUGUAUCAGGUUUGAGACAUUUUAUUUACAAUGGCAGAUUGCAUUUAUUUUCCACACAGGGGGGGGGGGUUGAGGACAUCUUUUUACCAGUUAAAUUGUGACCCCCUGGAAUUCAGUUUAUAUACCCCUCCCUGGAAUUUCCUGGGAAUUCAUUGCUAGAUACUGUACCACUGGAAAAUAGUUUUAAUUGCAUACCAUCCCCUGGAUUUUGGUCUCUAAUCACCCCAACCCCUGGAUUUUUGCACCCCAACCCCUGGAUUUUUGCAGAUUUUUUCACCCCUCCUCCUACAUUUUCCAUUCCUUUUUUUACACCCCUCCCCUGGAUUUUCCAUUGUCCUCGACCCCCCCUGUGCGGAAAAUAAAUGCAAUCUGCCAAUCUUAAUCCCCGAGCCGACGGCGCGAAGCGCCGUGCGAGGGUACUAAUUCCCCCUGGCUAUUUACACCCGGGGAAACGAAAGCAUUAGCGAAGUCUAAAGUUCAUCAAAUAUCGCGGGCGUGACCAACAAACUUGAGUGGGUGGUCAUCCUCACUGAUCUCAAAAAUAUGGCUGAUUGCUUGUGGGAGUGGGAUAAGGCAGAUUUCAAUUUUAAAAGACAUAUAUUUGGAAAAUCGUUUCAUAUACAACAAGCUUGAAGCAAUUUUGUUUGAAGAAAUGAGAAGAAUUGAUUUACUAUGGGAAAUUGUUAAAUAUACGGCAAGUUUGCUUUGAAUUUUGUUGCUUUAACUUUUUGCCUAAAAACAUGAACUGUUUUCCUUUUCAACGAAGUUCUAAGUUUCAUAAAUUACCGUUUAAUUUGAACAAAUUGAUUUGAAGACUGAACUAAAAUUACCUAACAAUUUGUUUUGUGUGUAAAACAGUUUAUCGGCAAAUGUAGUUUAGUUGAAUGAACAUUUCAAAAAUUUCACGAAACGUUUCAAGUUAAAUUUUACAUUAAAUCAAAGCUCACAAAAUGCAAAAUAAUAUACCUACAGUGUAUAUUUCGGAAAUUUAUUGUUGUAUAGUUAAAAGUACGAAUCUUUCAACUAUUUUGCAGUUUUGUACGUACAAAAAUAUGAAAAAAUUAAAUUUUUUUAAAAGAUAUCGUGUUGUCAUGGCAACACUUGAGCGAGAGCCUGCGUUCAGUGUCGGCCAUUUCUGAAUACUUCAUGUUAAUUUAAUGUUUGGAAAAUAUCGGCGAGGGGUUACUGCAUGCAUGUAUUUCUAGUUACAAUCAUAUCAUGGAUCCAUUCUACAGUAACAUAAACUAGUGACCAUGUUCUUGUGCCUGCCUCUCACAGGAGAGUUCCCCCGUCAUAAACUAUUAUGAUUUGCUCCCACAUAAUGAAGGCUGGUUCCAUUUUUGGUUCGAAAAUGGUUUGGCAAAGGGGAGGUGUAUAUCUUAGAAAUCAUGGUAUUCCUACUAGAGGAGGUGAAUUUUCUAUGACGCCAGUGCAUAUCUACUGCAUAUUAAGGAAAUCAUGCCAGGAAUUUCAAAACGUUCAUGGGGGAAGGCCCCAGACCUCCCCCUUAUCUCAUUUUCUGUAAUCCUUUUAUUCUCUCUCUGCCCCCCUCUUUAUUCUCUGUCAGCCCCCCCCCCCCUAGCUUAAAAACUAUACCAUUUAAAAAAUGAUUUAAUUGUUUAUCAGGCAUGUAUAGCAACAUAAGUGAUGAACAACUGGAUGAAUAUGUCAUCACAGCUUCGAGAGAACAUCCUGAUAUUGGUAUUAGAAUGCUUAAAGGCUAUUUACGAAGUAAAGGUAUGCGUGUACAACGUCAUAGAAUAAGGUCAGCAUUGCUCAGGACUGAUCCAAUUGGUUUGCUUGGACGUUGGCAAAAAGCCAUUAAAAGACGAUGUUACAAUGUAAAAUUCGCGCUUUCACUGUGGCACAUCGAUGGUAACCACAAGCUCAUCAGGUAUUUUUAUUUGUAA